GUCCACUAUCCGCAAGGAGAAGAUUAAAGGACUUACCUGAAGACAAAAUAUUCUGCAAUUCAUCAGAUACAGGACAAAAGUUACUCUUGCUAUUAGCAAUUAAAGAUGAUGUUGUCGUGGAAACAGUUGAUCCUGCUUUCAUUCAUUGGCUCCUUAAGAGGUGAUGUUACUUUACAAGGUCCGGUGUUCAUUAGAGAGCCGAGCAACAGCAUUUUCCCGGUUGGUUCCGAGGAGAAAAAAAUUACUUUGAAUUGUGAAGCCAAAGGCAACCCUUCACCUCAUUACAGAUGGCAGCUCAAUGGAAGUGACAUUGACCUAAGUAUGGAAUAUCGUUAUAAACUCAGUGGAGGAAAUCUUGUGGUGAUUAAUCCGAACAGAAAUCGAGACACUGGUACUUAUCAAUGUUUUGCAUCAAAUUCUCUUGGAACAGUGGUCAGUAAAGAAGCAAAACUCCAGUUUGCCUAUCUUGAAAACUUUAAAACUCAAAUGAGAAGCACAGUAUCAGUGCGAGAAGGACAGGGAGUCGUGCUGCUCUGUGGUCCUCCCCCUCACUCUGGAGAACUUUCAUAUGCUUGGAUCUUCAAUGAAUACCCAUCAUUUGUGCAAGAAGAUAGUCGGCGAUUUGUUUCUCAGGAGACAGGACACCUGUACAUAGCCAAAGUGGAACCAUCUGAUGUGGGAAAUUACACCUGUGUUGUGACUAGUACUGUUACAAACAACAGAGUACUAGGUUCUCCCACUCCUUUGGUGUUACGCACAGACGGUGUGAUGGGUGAAUAUGAACCCAAAAUAGAAGUUCAAUUUCCAGAAAGUCUUCCAGCAGCCAAGGGUUCAACAGUGAAGUUGGAAUGCUUUGCCCUUGGAAACCCAGUGCCUCAGAUCAGCUGGAGAAGAAGUGAUGGAUUGCCAUUUUCCAGUAAAAUUAAAAUGAGGAAAUCAAAUGGCAUGCUGGAAAUCCCAAAUUUUCAGCAGGAGGAUGCUGGUUUAUAUGAAUGUAUUGCUGAAAAUUCAAGGGGGAAAAAUGUUGCUAGAGGACGUCUUACUUACUAUGCAAAACCUCACUGGGUUCAGAUGAUAAAGGAUGUAGAAGCUGCCGUGGAGGACAAUUUGUACUGGGAAUGCCGGGCAAGUGGUAAACCUAAGCCAUCCUACAGAUGGCUGAAGAACGGAGAUGGCCUGGUGGUGGAGGAGAGAGUACAGCUAGAAAAUGGGGCCCUUUCAAUAGCAGACCUAAACGUGAAUGAUUCUGGCAUGUACCAGUGCAUAGCAGAAAACAAACAUGGGCUCGUCUAUUCCAGCGCGGAACUCAAAGUUGUUGCGUCUGCUCCAGACUUUUCUAAGAACCCAAUGAAGAAGCUGAUUCAGGUUCAAAUAGGCAGCCUGGUUAUAUUUGAUUGUAAACCAAAGGCAUCUCCCAAGGCACAUUGCUCCUGGAAGAAAGGAGAUGAGGUCCUGCAAUCAAGUGAAAGGAUAACUAUUUUAAAGGAUGGAGGACUCCAGAUAGCCAAUGUCACUAAAUUGGAUGUUGGGACUUACACUUGCCUGGCCGAGAACCAGUUUGGGAAAGCGAGCAGCUCCAUGAACUUAGUAGUUACAGAGCCCACAAGAAUAACAUUGGCCCCCUCCAACAUGGAUGUUUCUGUUGGAGAAAGUGUAAUCCUGCCUUGUCAAGUUGAGCAUGAUCCCCUUUUAGAUAUUGUGUUUACUUGGUAUUUUAAUGGAGCCAUCACAGAUUUCAAAAAAGAUGGAUCUCAUUUUGAGAAAGUAGGUGGGAGUUCUUCAGGUGAUUUGAUGAUUCGGAACAUUCAGCUGAAACAUAGUGGGAAAUAUGUUUGUAUGGUGCAAACAGAAGUAGACAGUGUUUCAUCUGCAGCAGAGCUGAUAGUAAGAGGCUCUCCUGGGCCACCAGAAAGUGUGAAGGUAGAUGAAAUAACAGACACCACAGCCCAACUGUCCUGGAAAGAAGGUACGGACAACCAUAGUCCGGUCACAUCAUAUGUCAUUCAAGCUCGGACACCUUUCUCAGUGGGCUGGCAAAUAGUCACAACAGUGCCUGAUAUCAUCGAUGGAAAAACAUUCACAGCCACAGUGGUGGACUUAAAUCCUUGGGUGGAAUAUGAAUUCCGUGUUGUAGCCAAUAACAAAAUUGGAGGUGGGGAACCAAGUUUGCCCUCAGAAAAAGUAAGAACUGAAGAGGCAGUUCCAGAAGUACCCCCUUCAGAAGUAAGUGGGGGAGGUGGCAGUCGGUCGGAACUGGUUAUAACUUGGGAUCCAGUCCCUGAGGAAUUACAGAAUGGAGAAGGUUUUGGCUAUGUUGUUGCCUUCAGACCUCUUGGUAUUACAACAUGGAUCCAGACAGUGGUUACAUCUCCUGAUACCCCGAGAUAUGUCUUUAGGAAUGAAAGUAUCCUUUCUUUUUCACCCUAUGAAGUAAAAGUUGGUGUAUAUAAUAACAAAGGCGAAGGGCCAUUCAGCCCAGUGACAACUGUUUUCUCUGCUGAGGAAGAACCUACAGUAGCUCCAUCUCACGUCUUGGCCAAUAGCCUCUCAUCAUCAAUAAUCGAAGUUUCCUGGGAUGCCAUUCCUUGGAAAAUGAGCAGUGGACGAUUACUGGGUUAUGAGAUUCGGUACUGGAAUAAUGGAGGCAAAGAAGACUCCUCCAACAGAAUAAAAGUCAUGGGGAAUGAGACAUCGGCCAGACUUCAGGGUCUGCAGAGCAACUUAGUAUAUUAUACCGCUGUCCGAGCAUACAACAGUGCUGGGACGGGGCCUUUCAGUGCUACAGUGAAUGCAACCACAAAGAAAAUGCCUCCUAGUCAACCACCAGGGAAUAUUGUCUGGAAUGCCACGGAGUCUAAGGUGUUAAUUAAUUGGGAACAAGUCAAAGCUAUGGACAAUGAAUCAGAAGUAACUGGAUAUAAAGUAUUUUACAGGACAAGCAGCCAAAAUAAUAUGAACAUACUGCACACCAAUAAAACAUCAGCCGAACUUUUGCUGCCUAUUAAUGAGGACUAUAUUAUUGAGGUAAAGGCAUCGACAGAUGGCGGCGAUGGAACUAGUAGUGAGCAGAUCAGGAUCCCGAGGAUAACAAGUAUGGAUGCAAGAGGGUCUAGUUCAACAGUCUGGAAUGCUUAUCCAUUCUUAUCAAGCUGCAUCACCAUAUUUCCCAUAUUUCUUGUGAAGACUCUUUGGUGAUACUGAUUUUCAUUCGCUAAGAAAUUGAUUGGUUACACCGCCCCCCUACCUUUAAAAAAGUGCU